UUUGAACAAGAAAAGUUUCAGUCAUUGUUAAAUGAUUUAUUAGAAGGUUUACAAAGUAGAAUAAAUCAAUGGGUAGAGUUUGAAAACUUGAUGCAUCAGUUAAUUUCUUGGCACAAUGAUACUGAAAAGAAAUUGCAAAACUAUUCAGAAAAGGGUACACUUGAAGAAAAAACUCAGCAGUAUAAUAAAUUUCUGGAUUUAGAAAAAGAAAUUAAAGGAAAAUCUAAUUCGGUGAAAGAUUUAAUUGCAUUUGGCGAUCACCUUCAACAAUCAUUAAUAGACGAUCUGAAAAAGAAAGUUUUAGACGUAGACAAACUUAUUGAUCAAUCAAAUGAUUAUGAAUCUACUGGAGAGGUACGACUGUCAACCAAAGUAAAACAAAUAUCAUCUCGUUAUCAAUCAAUGCAAACUACAAUAAAGGACAUUUUAAAUAAAUGUAAUGAAUCUAUUAGAAUCCACCAAGAAUAUGUGGAUAAAUACAAUGAAUGUUCAAUUCAACUUUCAAAUGUUCAAAGUCAAUUUAAAAACUUAAACAAACCUCCAGUAUCAUCACAAGCUCAUCAAUAUUUAAUUCAGAAAAAUGGAAAAUUGAAUGAAUUAUUAGACACAAAACCAAAUGUAACAUGUUUGUUGAAUAGCUGUAUGGAAUUAGGAGAAAAAUUAUAUUUGAGUACAUCUACCUUGGGAAGGGAAAACAUAAAAUGUCAAUUGGAUGAACUUCAAACUGUAUUUGACACUUUGUACGAUGAUAUUUUGAACAUCAACAGAGAAGUUAAAGAUCAACUUACUAGAUGGAGUGGAUUUGACGAACUGUACAAUGAACUGAACCAAUGGUUCAAUAAUACAAAGCAGAUAUUGAAUAAGGAUUUAGUACUCAAAUCAACAUUGGAUGAAAAGAAAAUGCAGCUACAAAUGUACAGAGAUAUGCUCCAAGCCACAUUAAAAAGGAAACAAGAUAUUGUAAAGUUAGAGGACCUUACUAGCAAAAUGCAAAUGCAAGAAAAUAAUGAUAUUCUUUUAUCGUCCAUGAGUAAACAACAUGAUGAAAUUUUAAAACAAAUUCAAGAUUUUGUAGACAAAUAUGAAGCUAUUGUAAAAGACCAUGAACAGUAUACUAAAUCUGUAAUGGAAAUGCAAGAAUGGCUUGAUGCAACACAUAAUACGUUGAUGCUUUGGGGUGAUACAAAUUUGGAAAAGAUUUCGUUGUUGAGCAACCUGGACAGAAUAAAGAAUUUGUUAUUAAGCCUUACUGAAGAAGAAAAUAGGAUUUAUAACAUACAAAAACUAGCCGAAAAAGUUAUUCCUGGUACAGUUGAAAAUGGUCAAGUAAAUAUUAGGGCGCAAAUCGAUUCAUCACAACAAGAUUGGGAAGGACUCAUGACGACUGUUAAAACGUCAAUAGAAGCUUUAGAAAGUAAACUUAAUAGUUGGAAUGAAUUUGAUGUACUCAAGGAAUCAUGUUUAACAUGGUUACGAGAAACUGAUUAUAAAAUUCAUGCUAUUGAUUUAAAAAAUUCAUUACAAGAAAAGAAAACUCAGCUGGAAGAACUUAAGGAGUUACAAGGAGUGAUUCGAGCUAAAGAGUUUGAAAUAGAUUCAAUUACAGAAAAAUCACAAAACCUUUACACAAUGUCAAUGUCUACCAAAAAUUCUCAAAUCACAGAAAUCGUUCAGAAAUUUCAUCAGCUUUCAAUGAAAAUAAAAGAAUUGGUUGGAAAGUGGCAGCAGUUUGUAAACAAUCAUUUGGAAUUUGAAAGCAGUUUAAGUGAAGCCAUUAUUUGGUUAGAUACUGUGGACGAUAAAUUAACAAGUUGUACAGACUUCAAAUCUACCAGUAAAGCUGAUUUAGAAGAAAAACUAAUUAUUAUUCAAGACAUCUUAUUAUAUAAAGAUGAUGGUUUUAAUAAAGUUCAAAAUUGCAUUGAGAUAGCACAAAUAGUUUUAGCUAAUACUGCACCUGAUGGUCACAAAUCAAUAAAUGAAUCCCUUAUAUCUUUACAAGAACAUUGGAGUAGUUUAGCAACAAAGAUGGUUGAAACUAAGACAAAUAUUGAUGAAUCAAUCCAGCGGUGGUCAGGAUUUUUAGAACAUGUCAAACAAGUUGGAAAGAUAAUAGACAAAUUUGAGGAUGCAUUACCAGAGUUGGAAGAAUUUCAAGGGACCAUGUCUGAAAAAAGAGAUCAAUUAGAAAAAUUAAAACAUUUAGACGAAAAAGUCCGUUGUGAAAAGUUAGAAAUGGAUUCUUUGAAAUCAAAAGCACAAGAGAUGUUAAAGACAGGGCAUCAAAGCAAUGCUGUGGCAGAAACACAAGAAGUAUUUAAUAAGUUUGAUCGAAUUUCAGAUAAAGUCAAGAAAUUACUUAAUCAACGUGAGCAACAAUAUAAAGAUCAUAAAACCUAUAAGGCAGCGUACGAAGAGCUAUCUAAUUUUUUGAAUAGAUCUCGAGAUAAAAUACCAUCACUGAAAGAACGACCACUUAGUGAUAAAUUAGCAAUUGAAAAUGCAAUAACACCAUUGGAAACCCUAUUAAAUAAAAGAGCUCAAGGCGAAUUGCUUUUAGACAACUUAAACACAAUUGGAGGCAUUAUAAUAACAAGUACCUCUGAAAAUGGAGAAAAAAUUAUAAAACAAGAAAUUUCAUCCAUAUCUGAUGAAUUGAAUAAAUUAUUUGAUGAUAUAUUAACUCAAAAAGAUAAUCUACAUGCUAUUCAUACACAUUGGAGAGAAUAUAAAGAUGAAUAUGAAAAACUAUCAGAUUGGUUGCAACAAAUUGAUAUAUCUAUGAAGGCUAUUAAAAAUACACCAUUAGCGACUGUAUUAGAAAAAACUGAUCAAGUAAAACAAAUACAGGAUGUGUUAGAUAAUUUAGAAAAAGGAAAAUCUAAUAUUGAGAGAUUCAAUGAAAGUUCGGGCCCACUUUUAAAAUCUCAUCUUGAAACUUAUGUCAAUAAUCAGUUAAGACAUCUUAACUCUCGUUAUGAAGUUCAAGUGAAUUUGGCAAAAGAUGUUCAAAGGAAAGUAGAGACUAACCUUGAACAUCAUGUGCAGUAUGAAAAUUAUUUAGAAAAAGCUAAAACUUGGAUAAAUGAUGCAAAAGAAGCUAUUCGGUGUGGAAAUGAAACAACAGCUAACACUAGUAAAGAAGUCUUGCAAUCUCGUCUUGAUAAUAUUUUGGAAUUAUUAAAAUCACAAGAAGAAGGUCAAUUAAUUAUUCAUUCCACUGUAAACUCUGGUGAAAAAGUUCUCAGAAGUACUAGAUCGGAUGGAAAAGAUCUAAUAAAUAAUCAAUUAAAAGAAAUCCAAGCAGACUGGGAUAGGCUUGUGAAGAAAAUAGCAACAUCAAAAGUACAUAUUGAAACAAGCCUUCUACAAUGGGCUGAUUAUAAUUCAUCAUACUCGCAUCUAGAACAAUGGAUUUCAGAUCGUGAAGCCAAACUUGACGAAGUUUGUGAACUUAAGGUGUCAAAAGCAAAAAAAAAUCUAGUUGGAAUCGGAUCCUUAAGUAUUGGAGAACGUAAAGCAACAUUACGUAGAACAAAUAGUAUCGUUCAAGACAUAGUUUCAUUUGAACCUAUGAUUCAAAAAGUGACACUUAAGGCUGAAGAUUUGCAACAGGCUGUACCUGCAAAUGAAAUUACUAACAAAUAUCAUACAUUGAGUAUCAAAGCAAAAGAUCUAUACGAAAGACAAAAAGAAACAGUUAGAUUACAUCAAGAAUUCAUAGAUGCCGGAAAUGAUUUUGCUGCAUGGCUACGGUCAGCUAAAGAACGUGUUAGUAAGAUAUCUGAACCAACGGGAGAUAAAGAAAUGUUAAGUGCGAAGUCUGUGCAAUUCAAGGUACUACAGAGUGAAUUACCUACAGGACAAAACAAAUUAGAGGUUGCUCUUGAAAGAGCAGAGAAAGCCUGCUCCUUUGCUGAUGAAGAAGAAAAAGAAAUAAUUGAACAAGAAGUGGUAAUGCUACAAGAAGAAUUUGAUAUACACAACGACACUCUUCAAAAAACAAAAGCAUUAUUAGAAGACGGAAUAUACAAAUGGAAUGACUUUGAUGACUACUCUAAAGGCGCAACUGAAUGGUUGAAUAAUACUGAACAACUUGUUCAAUCAUACAAUAAACUUCAGCCAAGUUUAGAAGGGAAAAAAGAAGCAUUGGAAGAAUUUCAAACUCAUUUGCAAACAUUGUUUGAUUGGCAAAAGGAAUUGGAUAUUUUAAAUGGAAAAGCACAGGUACUAUUGGAAACAUGUUCUGAUACACGUUUAUCAAAUUCAAUCACUCAGAUGACAACCAAAUACAAUACAUUACUUUCUUUAGCUAAAGAAGUAAUGCGACGUUUAGAAUUACAUUAUCAAGAACACCAACAACAUAAUUCACUGUAUCAGGAAUGUCUGGAUUGGCUUGAAAGAACUCGAGAUAAGUUAAAUGAAUGUGAAGAAAUACCUAACAGUUUAAAUGAAGUGAAGAGUAAACUUCAAAGCUUAAAAGUGAUUAGGCAAACACUCGAACAAGGUCAAAAUCGAUUAAGAUACAUAAUGGAAUUAAAAGAAAAAGUUGUUCUAAGUACUGAACCUCAAGGUGCUGUUAAAAUCGAAGAAGACACAGAAAAUUUAAGACAAGAAUUUGACAAACUUUCUAAUAAAAUUCAAGUUUGUAACAAUAAUUUGACAUUGAGAGUAUCACAACUUGAAGAAUUAGAGAAAUGUAUAAAAAUAUUAAAUGAAUGCUUGGAUGAUAUAAGCUCUAAAAUCAAUGGAAAUGAUCUUGAUCAACCCUUAAAUGACUUAAGUGAAAAGAAAACUGCAUUUGAAAAAUUGAAGUCCCUGCUUCAUGAACUUAAUACUCACAAUGAUUUAGUUAAUCGCUUAUCGUCCAAUAUUGAUAAUAAGUCUUCUUCACCUCAAGAAUCCAUAACUUGUGUAUCAAGAUAUAAUAGUCUUAUUAAUAUGAUAACUAAUAAACUAUCGGUUAUGGAAAAUCAAGUAGCAGAACAUGAAGCUUAUAGAAGUGCGUUUAUAAACUUAAAUGAUUGGUUGAGAAAAACUCGAGUUGCCGUUCAAGGUUGUGCUGAUACACAUGGUGAUAAUAAAGUUAAUGCUUCUAAAAUCACCGAGCUAAAAGAUAUCGAAGAAUCUUCUCAAAGUGGCGAAGGAAUGAUCAAAGAUGUUUUAGCACUUAUUGAAACCCUGAAAAACAGUACUGGACCAGAAGGCUGUGAUAAAUUGAACCAAGAUAAAAAUCAAUUGAACAGUGACUGGGACGAGCUGAAGCAUUUUAUUAAGGAAGUGCAAUCUGCAUUGAAUAAAUGUGCUAAGGCGUGGGAUGAUUUUAAUAUAGUAUAUAAAGCAUUAAAAGAUUGGGAAACAGAUUUAACAAAUAAAGUCAACACAGCUUCAUUGUCUAAUGAAGCAUACACUCCAGAUGAUCUAGACCAAUACAAACUUUGGCUACAAGAAAUCAUUAAUCAAAAUGUAUCUAUUGAAGAACUAACUGAUCGGUGUGAAUCUUUAAUGGAAUUAAGUGCAUGCAAUUGGGUUAGGGACGACACACUAAAAAUACAAUCAUCAUAUACAACUUUAUUAACAACUACUCAAGGACUUGUAUCAAAAGCAGAAAAGAGUUUGACUGAUCAUACUGAAUUUAUAGCGGCAAAAGAAAAAGUUGAAGAAUGGUUAAAUCGUGCUCAUGGUACAGUUCAAGAUUGCAUUGGAGAAGGUGAUUUAGAUUGGGUAAAAGACAAACUACAAACAGUGAAUCUGGUUUCUUCUAGAAUAACAGAAGGUCAAUAUUUAAUGAAUGGAAUGCAGGAAGUUUUCACCAAAGCAUUGAAUAACACAUUAGCAGCAGAAAGAAAUGCUUUGGUUAAUUCUAUGGAAGAACUAAGUAACAGUUGGAACAGUUUAAAUAUUGAUUUAAAUUCUGUUAUUGCACAUUUGAAAUCUCUCCAAGCACGCUGGGAAGAAAACAACGAAGCAAAAGAUAAUCUUGAGAAAUGGCUAAGUUCUCUGGAAUCUAAAACAACUAAAAAACAUGAUUUUAGAGCAGAUGUUGGAGAAAUGAAAACGAUUCUCGAAAGAUUAAAUAAUACAAUAAAUGAGAUUGAUGAAAAAGAAACCGAUUUCAACCAUGUUAUCACUGAAACCGAAGAACUCUCAAAGUUCUGUAAAAAUAAUAAUCUAAAUUCUGAUAUUAAACAGUUAAAAACAAGGAAAAAUAUUCUUAAAGAAAAAACAUUGAAACGUAUAGAUAGUCUAGAAAGUGAAAUAUCACAACAUUCCAAUUAUUUACAAGCACUACAAGAAUCUGAAAAAUGGUUAUUACAAAUAUCAUUCCAGUUGAUGGCUCAUAACUCGUUGUAUAUCACCAAUAGACAACAGACACAAGAACAAAUAAGUCACCACCAAGUCCUACUUAAUGAAAUUAUUCAGUACCAAGAAGUAUUAGAUGAUUUAAAAUCUAAGGGAAAAACUCAAAUACAACGUUAUGUUACAUCUACACCGUCAAUUCAGUCUAUAGUUGAACAGCAAUUGAAUAAUAUUCAAGAUAGUUAUAAUUCAUUGUUUAACACAGCCCAGCAAAUAAAAGCUAGACUCGAAGAGUCUCUAUUAAAAUUCAAACAAUAUGAAGACAUGUUGGAAAGCAUUUGGUCCAAUUUGGAUGAUUACCAACCAUUUAUGAACAAAACCAUAGAUGACAAUUGGACUCUUGUAGAAGCUAAAGAGCAAUUAAUAAUUUACCGUGAUCUCCUGAAUAAGUUACAAGGGGAAAAAACUAGGUUGGCUUUAGCUGUACAGGCUUGUGAAGCUGCAGUAGCGAGUAUUUCUAGGCCUAGCAGUCCAGUGGAGUCAAGCAACUCUAUGAUUCCCGAACAAGAAAUUUCUAUUCGUUUACGCUUAGAAGAAAAUCUUGAUCAGAAAAGCAAACUGGCACCAAAACCAUCUAAAAGACUGUUAUCAAUGCUUGAACACUUAGAAGACACAGGCAUACCUAAACUUUUAAUUCCAUUUACUGAUUAUGUACAAAACUUUGUUGAUGAAUUGAUCAAUUUGAUAUCAGUUUUGGAAAAUAAACACAACCAGCGUGCAAUCAUUUUUGAAUGGAUUGAAGAAGAAAUGGUUAUUUUAAACAAAAUGAAGGAAAAACCAACUAGGAUUAAUGUAGAUGCAACGGCUCAAGAAAUAACCAAUUUAAAUGAAAUAUUACAAAAUGUCAACGAUAAAAAAUUGGAAAUAGCUGAAUUAGUAUCAGAUGAUACAUCAGAUAAACUUGUUACUGAUUUAGACAAUUUGACAGAUAUGAUUAAUGAGAUACUUCUGAAAAAACAAUCUGAUCAAAACUUAUUGUUAGUAUAUAAAAACAGUGAAACCGAUUUACAAAAUUGGUUUGAUAAUUUAUCCAAAUGUAUUGAGUCCUUGGAAAAAGGCAGUGGAAACACUUGUCAACACAAACUGGAACUGUUUAAUGAUAUAAAAGAAGAUUAUAUUAAUAAUGGAGAAAAACUUAUCAAUAAUUUAAGGUUGAACUGUCAAAGCUUAAGAGAAGUAGUCAGUAUUUCAGAUGCUCAGUUACUUGAUGAUCAGAUGAAAUCAGCUGAUCGGCGUUAUAAAGACUUUUGGACACGAAUGGAAAGAAAAUAUGAAAUCUUAGAAAAUUCCCAAAAAAAUGUACAAUACGCCAGAUCACAAAUAGAAGAAAUUAAUAGUUGGAUAGAUACAAAAUCACAACUGUUGGAUGAAAAUAAUAUAGUUAGUUAUGAUAGUAACAGUGUUGAAAAGAAGUUGAUUGAUUUAAAAAAUAUUAAUAAAGAAGCAGAAACAAAACACAUUUUCUUAACUGAUUCACUUACAGUUAAACUCAAUGCUAUAGAACUUGAAUCGGAACCUAUAGAGUUCAAUGACCUUGAAGAAAAGUUAUACAAGCCUACAAUCAAUAAAUUGGACAAUUUUAAAACAAAAAUAAAUGAAAGUCUAUUAAAAAUGAAGAACAUGCAUGAAGCCAGUCAAAAGUUUGAAAAUUCACUUAAUCAGUGUAAUGUAUGGUUAGAUCGCAGUGAAAAAGAUCUCUCACCAGAUAAAUAUAAACUUGAACCUUUAGAAUUUAUUAUAGCUGAGAAAAAUGUUGAGAAAAUAUUGAAUUUAAAAACAGACAUUCAAUGUUUUAAAGAUGGAAAAUUAUCGGACUUAGAAAAAAAUAGUCAAGUUUUAUCUGCUUUUUGUGAUAAAGACAAUAUUUCAGUAAUACAAUCAGUCUUAAAUGAAGUUCUCAAUAAGACUAAACUAAUUGACAAAAUGAGUGAUUUUGCCGAAGAAAAAUCAAAAUCUGUUUUGGAAAAUAGGAAAAAUGUCGAAAAUAAUGUUAAUUUAUGUCAGCAAUGGUUUAGUGAAGUAGAAGUGAUCAUGUCUGCAGAUGUUCGUCUAUCAAGUUUAAAUAUUGUUGAAGAUCAACUGCAAAAGUAUGAUGAUCUUAAUAAUCGCAGUUCUGAAAUUGAUAAUACUAUUGAACAAAUUAAAACAAUUAGUGAACAAAUGGUACUAAGUGAAUCGGAUACAUUAAAGAUUAGCGAUCAGAUUUUAUCAUUAGAAAACAGUCAAAAAAGAACAAAAGCUAUGAUCAAAGAUAGAAUUGAAAUGAUUGGACAAUAUCUAGAAAAAAUGAAAAAUAUUUCAAAACUCGUAGACGAAAGUAAGAAAAUUAUUCAAAAAGUUCAGUCAAACCUGCAAGAGCUUGAUCGUCCAGUGGGAAGUACUGUGGAUGAUGUCAAAGACAUGAUAAAGUCAUAUGAAACAUUGUUAAAAGAAUUAAAAGAAUGGAAUGAAAAACUAAGUGAUAAUGAUAGUGAAUCACUUAACGAAAUUGUUAAGCAGCAAGAAGAAUUGAUCAAUACAAUUGAAAAACAAUUAUCAAAACUUGGACAAUUGUUGCACCUUCAUGAGCAGUUUAUGACAUUGAUUGCUGAUAUUGUCAUGUUUCUUACAAAAUAUUCUAGUGUUGUCAAUGAGAUUGGAAAAUCUGGAAACACUAUUCAAAACAAAAUCAAGCAGUUUGAUGAGGUUACGGUUAAAAUUCAAGAGUGUGAAGCAACUCUCUUAUUGGCCACAGAUAAAGGUGAAAGAAUUGCAGAAGUAGGUUCUGCAUUCGAUCAUAACAACAUAACUCAGCAGUUGCAAUCAUUGAAGCAACAGUUGCUUACUUUGAGAAAAGCUGUGGAAAAAGAAAGACAAAAACUUGAAGCUACCGCAGCAGAACACAUUAAACUUGCUGCGGAUUUAGAACAAGUUUUAGAUUGGAUACGUGAGAACGAGGCUCUCAUUAAAUCCAGACCGCUGCUUGAAAUUAAUAUCAAUAGUGUUGAAACCGAUUUAAAGGCACAUGAGGAAUUAAAAGUAAAAGUUGACGAGCAUUUGUCUCGAUUGAAGACGAUACAUUCAACUGCCCAAAACGAAAAUAUUGAAGACAGUACAAUGCUUGAAUGUUUGAGUGAAGCUAGCUCAUUUUUGAAUACUAUACCAAAAGAAUUACAAGACAGACAAACAUAUUUAAAUAUAAAUAAAGACUACCGUCUAGAAUAUGAACAGUUAAAGGACAAAUUUAUACUGUGGAUUAACGAAGCUAAACAAAAAUUAGCAUCCGUCGAAGAAGACAAAAAUGAUUAUGCGAAUAUGGUUUCAAAUAUGGAGCAUUUAAAAGCAUUCUUCAGUGAUCAAACUGUUCAUGAUUUAGUCACUAAGAAAAUCAAGCAUUCCAUAGAUAAAAUCAGACCGUCCUUAACUGCUCAGCAAAACGAUGUUCUGACAGCAGAACAACGGGAUUUCAAUAAAGACCUCGACGACGUAAUGAAUUCGGCUAAAGCCAUUCAGAAAAAAAUGGAUGACAAAUUUGGUAUUUUUAAAGAAUAUAGAAAUGUUGUCGACAAAGUAUCAUCGAUUUUAGAUCGUUGUAAAUACAAGGAAGAUCCUAUUCAGAACUUAGCUGGCUUAUACUUCAAUGUUGAAAAAAUUACAUUAGUGCAAAACGAUUUACUUCGCCAACAAAACGAACUGGAUUCAUUACUGGCUAAAUCAAAACUGAUUGUCGGCAACGAUGAAAUCCAAUCUAAUACCGAUUCGCUUGUGAAACAGUGGUCUGAACUAGAAAAAGAAAUGUCGUCUCGAAUAAUAUUGGUGACCGAAGUGGGUGAUAAAUGGAAAAAUAUCGAAGACGAGUAUAGGAAAAUUGAAACCGAAUUUACUCGCAUUAAAGAUGCUUUAACGAGCGUUGAUCGAGUGAUUAGAUCGAAAGAUCAAAUAGUGGAGUCUAUAGCUACACUCCGCAAACUUAAAGGCAACUUGGAUCUUUGUGGUGAUCAACUCAAUAAAACUAAGCCGGUCGCUGAGAGCGUUCUCAACUUUUUAACUUCCGAAUCCCAUCCCGCAUCCACUAUUUUGAAAGAUGACAUUAAAUCACAUGACGAAAAACACGAAUCAAUCGCGCAACAAUUGAACAACGAACUCGGUCAAUUUGAAGUGUAUUUGAAUGAUUUCACCGAGGUUGAGGCCCGACUAGACAAAUUGGAGUCGUCUCUGAAUAGCCUUAAACCUGAAGUGGAAUAUUUUUACGUGUUCGCUCAAGAUACAGAACAAACCCAAAAGGAAUUUGACGAUUUAUCCGAAAAAGUGAAAGAAGCCGCUAGUGAUCUGAAAAAAUUUAUUGAAUGCACACAAAACAACUACAUUUCAUCACAAAAAUCAGUGCCAAACGAUUUAUUAAGCAAGUUCAAUCCUUUGGAGCUUGUAUCCGAAGAAUUAACAAGCCUGAUGGAUUCAAAUAGCAGAGGCCUAAAACGGGCCAAAACCGUUCGGACAGAGUAUUUGAAGUGUGUAGAUGACGUGCAGAGAUGGCUUCAGGAGGCCGAAGUGAAGGUUCAAGAUCGCGGCAGUGAACCAAAAAAAAUCAAAGAACAUAUACAGACAAUUGAAGAUGAGAUAAGUGCAAUUAAUGACAAACUGAAUAAAGCUAUUAAACAUGGUAAAGAGAUCAUUGAAAAGACAAAAGAUGAAGAAGAAAAGGAAAUGAUUCCAAAAACGAUUGAAUCGUUAGUAGGAAAAAUGAGCCAAGUGAGACAUUGGUUGGAUGAAAAACGUAAUCAAAUUGGUGACACUUUGGACGCCUGGCAAAAAUUCUUAUCUGUUUAUGACUUGGUGAUGGCCUGGUGCCAAAAUAAAACAAAUUAUUUAGAAGAACCGAUAACUCUGAGUUCACUUGAAGUAGUAAAACAAAAAGCUCAUGAAUUUUCGGCUGCUGUGAAAUCAAGUAAACAACAGAGCAAACAUCUAGCUGAAAUGAGCAAAGAAUUGGAUAUCAUUGCUUUGUCUACAGAUGUUGGACAGUUGCCAGAAAAACUAGAAGAAGCUAACAAUGCUAAAAAUGAUGUAGAGGGAAAACUCUCAGAAAAAAGUGCUCUAUUGCACGAGACAUGUGAAGAAUGGGAGCAAUUUGAAAGGAAGUUAAAAGAUGUUAAAUCAUUUAUCGAAAAAUCUCAAAAUGCUAUUGAAUCAGCUGCUAACAAAAAACGAACCCUACGUGAACAACAUGAUCUGAGGGAAAAGAUGUUGGCUGAUAUUACAAUACAAAGAAACAAGAUUACAUUGUCAACUGAAAAAUUGCAGAUUCAUUUCCGAGCUGGUUUUGGAGGCAGUGAAAACAUUGAACAUUUAUCUAAAGAUAGUUUGUCUCAGCUAGAUAAAUUGUUCAAAAUUGUUGAAGAGCAAGCACAUAAUUUGGAAGAAAGUCUCUCACAGCUCGACAAAUACCAACAAGAAAUACAACAUCUUCGUCAAAAAGUCAUUACUGCUGAACAACAAUUAAGACUGACACAAAGUCCAACAUAUUUACCUCACGAUAGACAAAAGGCUGUGCAAGAACAAAAUGCAUUCCAAGAACAAAUACGAGUGCUGCAAAGCAAGAUUAACUCAAGAACCGAACGAAUCAAACUGAUCAUUCAACGAGGCUCCCCGAUAUCCGACCCAUUACUUAACUAAUUAGACAUUUAAAUGCAUUUAUAUUUAUAUACCUUCGUACUCAUUCCAAAUUUCUAUUUAAGCUAUUAAAAAAAAAAAAAAUUCCAAAAUAAAAAUUAGUUUCUAAAGGCAUUUAUU